UUAUUAUGGUAGAUAAUAACAAAUUUCACAGUGAAGUCAAGUAAGUAAAAGUAGCGAUAAUUUCAUUCAUCAAAACGACGGCAUUGUUCUGUACACGGUGAAUGAAACGACAACGGUUAUCACUCACACAUUCCAUCUUCUUUCUCUGUUUUUCUCGUUUCUACUACAUUCCUUUUCCACUUCCAUUUCCAUUUCCAACACAACCCUAGAACCAUCCACAUGGCGCUCAUCAACAACUUCUGGAUUCUCUCCUUCAUUCUCUUCCUCAUCGCUUCCCCACUCCUCCAAGUUGUUAGGUGUCAGUCAGAUGAAGCUGCAGCGAAUGCUGGUGAAGUGAGUGACAUUGGAAUUGUUGGUGAUGAAACUGAUGACGCUCAAGACUUUGCGGAUGGAGGCUUUCCUUCUGCUCCGGGAGUUGAUACCAUCUGUGUCUUCCCUAAGAAUAUUGCAAGAUUGGUAAAAGGUGGUGAAGAGGCAGAGCUGCUUGUUGGUCUGAAAAAUGAUGGGCAGUCAAGUUUGAAUGUUGUUGCUAUUAAGGCUAGUGUUCAUCUUCCAUUUGAUCGUCAUCUUCUUGUUCAAAACCUUACUGUUCAGGUUUUCAACAAUGGCUCUGUGCCAUCAUCAGCUCAGGCUAGUUUCCCAUAUAUAUUUUCUGUCAGCAAGUUCUUGCAGCCUGGACCGUUUGAUCUUGUGGGGACCAUUGUAUAUGAGAUAGACCAACAUCCAUACCAAAACACCUUCUAUAAUGGAACAAUUGAAGUUGUUGAGCCUGGUGUUUUAUUCAGCAUGGAAUCUGCUUUUCUUUUUACUCUUGGAACUGCACUUCUUGUCCUACUUGGGCUAUGGAUUAAUGGUCAAAUACAGAACCUUAAGAAACCAAAAAGAUCUUCCAAAGUUGAAGUUGGGACUAAGACUACAGAUCCUUCAAUGGAUGAAUGGCUUGAGGGAACUGCGUAUACUCGGUCUACGUCAAGCAAAUCUAAGAAGAAGUAGAUUAAUAACUCUUCUCUAGCUCAGUCCUGCGAGACUGAGACCCUUCCACGGAGUACAGAAUCAUGUAAUAGACUAGGUUGGAGAGAGAGAAAGAAGUUCUAAAAUUUAGGUUGAAAAGACCAGUCUGUGUUGUAACCUGUAUGUAGCUUAUGAGCAUUUUUAUGGCUAUUGUUUUUCUUCGCACUAAGUUGAGCUUUGUCCAAGAAAAUACUAACAGGGAUCUGAGUUAGUAAUACCAUACGACUUUGAACUGGCA